AUGGCUUGUAAAGGGUUAAAACCUGAUACUGUAAUUUACACCACUUUGUUACAGGGUUUGUUAACUUUGUUUACAUUAGGAAGGUGCGAUGCUGCAGAGAGUCUUUUUGAUGAGAUGAUGUGUAGAGGUCCAAAACCUAACAUUGUAACUUACUCAGUUUUAUUGGACGGCUUCUUGAAGAACCACAAAAUUGUCAAGGCAAUAGAGGUGUUCCGUUCAAUGCAAGAUCAAGCUAAAGGUUUGAAAUCCAAUGUUAAGAUUUAUAAUGCAAUGAUUAGUGGACCUUGUAAGGAGAACUUGCUGGAUGAAGCCGAGGAGUUACUCUUGCAGAUGGAGGGAGAUGGGUGCCCACCAAAUGAUUUGACUUACAAUAUUGUGGUUUGGGUAUUCCUAAAGAAGGGAAACAAACCCAAGGGUAUGAUGCUUCUACAAGAAAUGAUCAACAAGAAUUUCUCACCAGAUGCAUCCACCAUGGCCACGUUAAUCGAUUUACUCUUGGCUGGUGGCGGGGACAGCGAUUAUCUCAAAAUGAUCCACAAUCUUGCGUCGAGGGAUAGAAAAACCAUGUCCUAG